AUCUCAUUAGACUGUGCUGUAGCAGGUCGCGUUGGCAAAAACGCUUAGUUCGGAGGAAAGGGUGCUUCAGCUCCGUUCUAGUCAUUUUCACAGUAUUUCACAGAAAGCGUUGGGCCGGAUUGUGAUUAAAUAUAUCAGAAAUAUCAGCAAGAAACGAUGGGGCAGCUGAGUCUAUGGCAACAUGUUUCAAGAACUCUUGAGGCUGAUGAAGAGGACUGCAGUGGUUUUGCACACCCAGGGAAGGAUAUCUUUGAAUGAAGCAGUACAGAUGAAGCUGAUUAAACUGGAAACCGUGUUGUCCUUUCAGUGUAUUAGCAGCUAAGAUGAGCAAAGCAGGAGCAUCGAUGAGACUAAGGACUGGAAAAUUCCACUGAAUCUGGCAAUUUAAUUUCACGCCCAAAAGGAUACAACUUCUUGGACCGUCACUACUGAUUUCCAUAAAUUGAGGAAUUUUCCCGUUCCAUUGAGAUAGUAAAACACAACGUUAGGUUAAUCUGCAGUAAUAAUCGAAUGCUUUAAAAAAAAAAAAAAACAGUAUUCCAAAUAUGAUGAUAAAAACGAUUCCAAAAUGCCCCAGAACCAAGUUGCCUGUGGGGGCUGCCCUGUGUGUAUUUGUGAUCUGCUGGUUGUACAUCUUCCCAGUUUUCAGGCUUCCCAGCGAGAAAGAGAUUCUGAACGAAGUACUGCGACAGAGAAAACUAUGGAAGAAAAACCAAACAGGAAUCGCAAUAUACAGGAAGCUAAUGGAGGAGUGCUGUGAUCCGAGGAACCUCUUUGCAGUGACAAAGCAGAACACUCCACUGGGAAAGAACCUUUGGUAUGAUGGAGAGUUAUUCCACUCGCUCACAGUCAACAAUGACACCUACUCUCUAUUCAUAAAGGAGAGCCCAUUGCAGAUGCCCUUGAAGAGGUGCUCUGUAGUCGGCAACGGUGGAAUCCUGAAGAACAGUGGCUGCGGUAAACACAUUGAUCAAACCUAUUUCAUCAUGAGGUGCAAUCUCCCCCCGCUCUCCAAGCAUUACACAGAGGAUGUUGGGACCAAGGCACACUUGGUGACAGCCAACCCCAGCAUUAUUGAAAAUAGAUUUCAGAACCUGCUUUUAUCCAGGAAAGCGUUUGUGGAAUAUGUCAAAGCCUAUGAUUCAAGCUUCAUCUACAUGCCUGCUUUUUCCAUGAAGCCUGGAACUGACCCCUCUAUACGAGUUUACCACACUCUGUCUGACGUCAGUGCCAACCAGACCGUCCUUUUUGCCAACCCAGACUUCUUGAGGAAUGUGGGGAAGUUCUGGAAGAGCAGAGGGAUCCAUGCCAAGCGUCUAUCCAGUGGCAUGUUCCUUGUCAGCUUGGCUCUUGGACUUUGUGAUGAAGUGACACUCUAUGGCUUUUGGCCUUUCUCGUUCGACUUGCAGGAGAGGUUUAUAAGCCAUCACUAUUACGAUAAUGUUAUGCCUUUUUCUGGAUUCCACGCCAUGCCAGAGGAAUUUCUUCAGCUUUGGCAUCUCCACCAAAGCGGCACUUUACGAAUGCAGGUUGGCCAGUGCAAUGAGGAAAUGGGCUAGCCCUGUGACCCUGAGCUAGACCUUGCCUUCUCAUUGCAUCUUAUCAUGGAGAACAAGCACUGGCAUUUCCUUUGGACAUAUUUCUUCAGUUGAUAAGGGCAGGUCAUUUUAAUGAGUGAGAGUGUGACUUUUUACAAUUCCUUUUUUUAACGGUGAAUGCAAUUUGUGGGAUCAUGUAAAAAAAAAAAAAAAAAAAAAAAAAAAGAAAACUGAGGAAAUAGCUCGUUCUGCACUGUACAAGGACUGGAUUUUAGCUAGUACAUUGUUAUUGCAACUCUUUCCAAGAUUGUCCCAGAGACAUCAAUCUGAACAAGUGGUUACAACAGUCUUUUUCAAACAGUAUAUACAGUACUGUACACACAAACAAAUCCCAAGACACCAGCAACAGUAAUACGUAGCAAAGUAAACUAAUAGCGAAUCUCAGAAAGCUUUGUCUUAAAAUUGAGUAUAAGCUUUCAGAUUUAACAUAGUCAGAAAUAGGGGGGAAAGAUAUGCAAAUGAAUAAGUACCAAUGUCCAUUUUAUAUCAUGUGACAACGGAAGUAUAGCAAUCCUUCUGG